AUGCUCGACCAAAGAGAUAAUGGUGCCUUGAGGGCCAAUCCUAGCACUGUCAAUGGCGCCACUGCCGACAUCACCAUCACUGUUCGUGGCAGUGACUGGUAUUGGGCCGUUUGCGCCGUCAUGACCGUAUCGACAUUUGCAUUCCUUGGCCUGGCCAUGACCAAGCCGCGCAAUCAGCGUAUAUUCCACUACAUCACCGGUGGUAUCACCAUGGUGGCAGCCAUCGCCUACUUCAGCAUGGCCAGCAACCUGGGUUUCACGCCCAUUGCCGUUGAAUUCGCCCGUAGUGACUCCCGCGUCGCUGGCAUGAACCGCUCCAUCUUCUACGUUCGCUACAUCGACUGGUUCGUCACCACGCCGCUGCUUCUCAUGGAUCUGCUCCUCACAGCUGGCAUGCCAUGGCCGUCAAUCCUAUGGGUCAUUCUCGUCGACUGGGUGAUGAUUGUGACAGGUCUUGUCGGCGCGCUCGUAACAUCGUCCUACAAAUGGGGCUACUUCGCGUUCGGCUGCGCGGCCAUGAUGUACAUCUUCUACCAGCUCGCAUGGGAGGCACGCAUCCACGCAAACCACCUUGGCAACGACAUCGGGCGCGUGUUCCUCAUGUGCGGCACGCUGACUCUUGUCGUCUGGCUCUGCUACCCGAUCGCAUGGGGUGUGGCCGAGGGCGGUAACAUUAUCGCGCCAGACAGUGAAGCCGUCUUCUAUGGCAUUCUCGAUCUGCUGGCCAAGCCCGUGUUCGGUGCCAUGCUCAUCUUUGGUCAUCGCAACAUCGAGCCAGCUCGCCUUGGCCUGCACAUCCGUGACUACGACGAGCCUAUUGCAGGUGCCGCCGCGUCGCAUGCCGAGAAGAAGGCUGCUCAUCACAAUGGCACUUCAAAUGGCCACACCAACGGCAAAAACUGUCAACGUAUACCUAUCCAUGGAUAA